UCACUUGAACAGUUUAAGAAUGCUGUAAUGAUUAUGCUGUUCAUGGGGGCUGGGGAAUUCGGUUUAAAAAAAAUGAUAAAGUUCGAGUGAGGGCAAUUUGUCAAGAUGGGUGUAAGUGGAUAGCAUAUGUCGCAAAGAUGAGGGACCAAAUUACAUUUCAGAUGAGAACAUACUAUGGUCGACAUACUUGUACUAGGACUUUUAAGAAUAUGAGAUGCACUAGUAAAUGGUUGGGGAAGACACUAGUGAGCGAGUUGAGUGACCACCCAAACACGACAAGUUCCACAAUUGUAAAAAAAGGUCAGGAGAAAUAUGUUGUGCACAUUUCAAGGAGCAAAGCACAUAGAGCAAAGGUUUGUGCACAAGACAUGAUUACUGGUGACCAAGCGGCACAUUUUACCAACAUUCGAGAAUAUUGUGUUGAGUUGUUGAGGACAAAUAGAGGUAGUUCAGUCCUAUUGAAUGUGGUUACAGCUAACUUACCUAUUGAGGAGAUUGAAAGGCCUGGGAGGACAUUAUGUCCAUUGUUUCAGAGGUUGUAUGUCUGUUUAGAUGCAUGUAAGAAGGAUUUUGUUGCAUGUAGGCCUUUUAUUGGUGUGGAUGCAUGCCAUUUGAAAGGACACUAUGGUGGACAACUCAUGACUGCUGUGGCUACAGACCCUAACGAUCAAUUGUUCCCUUUAGCAUUUGCCGUUGUAGAAGUUGAGACAAAGGACUCGUGGACUUGGUCUUAUAGGUGAUAUUAAUGCCGGUUCAAAUCGUAGAUUGACAUUCAUCUCUGAUCAACAAAAGGGUUUAAUACCCACAUUUGAGGAGUUGAUGCCUGGGGUGGACCAUAGACUAUGUGUUAGGCAUUUGUACAACAACUUUAAGAAGAAACAUCCUGGCUUGAUCUUGAGGGAUAUUUUUUGGAGGAUAGCUACUGCAACUUAUUAUAAGCAAUGGGAUAGGGCAAUGAAAGAGUUGAGAUCAGUUAGCACACAAGCAUUUGAAUGGGUUAGUGGUUAUUCACCUUCACAGUGGUGCAAACAUGCAUUUAGUGUGUACCCUAAGUGUGACUCAUUGACUAAUAACAUGUGUGAAUCAUUCAACUCGGUUAUUUUAGAUUCUAGAGAGAAGCCAGUCAUUCAUUUGGUAGAAGAUUUAAGGUUGUAUCUAAUGAGAAAAUUCCAAUCAUGUAAGGAUCAGAUGAUGAAAUCUGAAGAUGAGUUAUGUAAAGUAACUAGAAAGAAGUUAGAGAAGAACAUAAAUGCUAGUGGUAAUUGGAUGUCAACAUGGGCUGGCGAUGAGAAGUUUGAGGUGCAUUGUAGUGCAAUGCAAUUUAUUGUUGACUUGGCAGAUAAAUCUUGCACUUGUAGGAGGUGGGACUUGACUGGAGUGCCUUGUUGUCAUGCAAUCAGUUGCAUUUUUUACAAAAAAGAGCCUGUGGAGCCCUAUGUCAACGAGUGCCUCAAGAUGCAAACUUAUGCAGCAUGUUAUGAGCCAAUGGUCAUGCCUAUGAAUGAAACAGAUAUGUGGGAAGAUACUGGGUUUGAGCCUGUGGGACCUCCACGUAAGCAGAGACCUCUAGGUAGGCCUAAGAAGCGUAGAAAGAGAGAUGCUGAUGAGCAGAGGCCACAAUCUUCAAAAUUGAGAAGGAAUCUAGUUAUGAAGUGUCAAUAUUGUAAAAAGGUUGGUCAUAACAAGAGGACAUGCAAAGGAAAAGUUGGUGGCAAUCAAAGGCAGCCUACAAGUCAACAACAGAGUAAUUUCACACAGCCUACUACGGGAGAGGGUACAAGUGCAAGUGCAAGUGCAAAUGUUGGUGCUGGUGCUGGUGCUGGUGCAAGUGCAAGUGCAAGUGCUGGUGCAAGUGCAAGUACUGGUGCAUAUGAAAAUCAACCUUUACAGCCAAUAAUACCACCAUGGUCAAUUGCAAGUGCACAAGCACAUUCUGAAGGUGGUGCAAAUACACAAUCAGCUGCAAAUGCAAUAGCCACAGCAGUGACCUCCGCAAUAGCUAGGACAUUUACCAAUGUUGAAAAUGGUCCAUUUGUUCCACUACCACAAGGUAAAAAGCCGAAGAGGCCUAGGAGAAAAGCAAUUGAUACGCCAAGGGGGAAAAUAAAGCCUUGGGUCAGCAAUGUACCACUUCCAAAAAUAUGGGGUCCACCUCCUUCACGGAAAGGAAACACUUCUCUAACCAAAGAAACACUGAUGGCUGCUAGUCAAAUUGCAAGGUAUAGGGAGACAUUCAACAUACUUGGCAGUCAGGAAUUAGUUCAUUUUGGUACUUCUUAA